UCUUUUGUAGCUGGUGAUUUUGACAAAAUAUGGAAAGAACAUUGCCAAGAUGAAGAGAAACUUUUUGAAUAUGCUGCUGCAAUGAAAAACUUGGCGGGUAAUCACUGGCCUAAGAAGUGUGAAGGAGAAGGCCGAAUCGAAUGGUGCCUUGGUGUUUGUCAAGAAUAUUUCUUCAAUGGAGGAAAGAGAAAAGCGCUUGAAAAAGAUGCAAGGAGAGCGGCCUUAAAUAAUCAUCAGUCUGCUGCUUGUGAACAAAUGCUUGCUUCUGGCCUUAGCAUUUCAAAUGGCAACACUCCAAAUCAAGAAUUUCACCUUCCUGGGAAGAUCAGGUUACUUGAUGUAGGGAAGCUGCUAUAAUCCAUUUGUAAAAUAUGAAGAUUUUCUGGCUGUUGGUAUCGAUAUUGUGCCUGCUGUUGAGACGGUCUACAAAUGUGACUUCCUGAACUUGCAAAUCCAGAGACCACUUCAGCUUGCACCUGAUGCCAUUGAGGCCUUCCUGAGGCAGCUAAAAAAUCCUAUAGAUUAUCUACCUGCUGAACUGUUCCAUGUAGUUGUCUUUUCCCUUCUACUGUCUUAUUUCCCAUCACAUUAUCAGCGAUGGAUUUGCUGUAAGAAAGCUCAUGAACUACUUGCACUGAAUGGCUUGCUGCUCAUUAUCACCCCAGAUUCUUCUCAUCAGAAUCGUCAUGCUAUGAUGAUGAAGAGCUGGAAAAUUGCCAUUGAAUCUCUUGGUUUCAAGCGUAUGACAUACUCCAAAUUUUCCCACAUGCAUCUCAUGGCAUUUAGAAAAACAUCACUAAAAACUACAAGUGAUCUGAUUACAAGGAACUAUCCAGAUAUGCUUUACAUCCCUCAAGACUUCAAUUAUGUUGGAGAAGAGGAAUACUCCAGCCCUUUAUGUGCCAGAUCUGAACUGGAAGAUGAACAGUUAGCAUACACAUUUUCUGAGCUGCCAGAGGCUCCUUACGAUUCUGACUCUGGAGAGAGUCAAACCAGCUCAAUGUCUUUCUACGAGUUUGAAGAUCCUAUUCUCCUCCUAAGCUAA